UUUUUUAAUGACAAAGAAGAAGUUUCGGAUUUUUUGGGGGGUGAGGGGCUGGCCUUUUUUUGUUCCGCUGGAGAAUCCUGCCUGAACGGUGAGCAGGAGCACCACAGACCGACGAGAAAUCACAGCGCCGCGGACAAUCGGCGGAAUCACGGCGCCCGGGAGGGACCACACUGCCCCGCGAAGGAAGAGCGGUCAGAAUUAAGGCGGUAUCUCCCUCCAGCUCCGCGGCUACUGGCUCCAGGGUCAACGGGCAGCUAUCCGCCGUUAGCCCUUAACUCCUCUGCGGGUCUGGGGGUUCUAGGUAGGGGCAGGGGGCGGGGGUACACCGAGAAAAGGAGAAGACUGCACGCCGAGAGGAGGGGGCUGGAGGUCUGAGACGCUUCCAGCCUGAAGGGGCCGGCGGUUUGGCCACAGCACCCCGGACUAGCUAGCUUGUACCCGCUCUGCUAAGUGAAUGGGAUGGAGCCGGGACCGUCUGGCGCUGUGCCCAUGGGGGCCUUCCCCCCACCCCUGCAGCAGGUGUUCCAUGCCCCCCGCCGGCCAGGCAUGGGUACCGUGGGCAAGCCCAUCAAGCUGCUGGCCAACUACUUCGAGGUGGAGAUCCCAAAGAUGGACGUCUAUCACUAUGAGGUGGACAUUAAGCCCGACAAGUGCCCACGGAGAGUCAACAGGGAGGUGGUGGAAUACAUGGUGCAACACUUCAAGCCCCAGCUCUUUGGCGACAGGAAGCCAGUGUAUGACGGGAAAAAGAACAUCUACACGGUGCUAGCACUUCCUAUUGGGAGUGAGAAGGUGGAUUUUGAGGUAACCAUCCCAGGUGAGGGUAAGGACCGAAUCUUCAAGGUGUCCAUCCGUUGGCUGGCCAAGGUGUCAUGGCGCCUGCUGCAGGAGACUCUGGUCAGCGGCCGUCUGCAGGUCCCCCUCGACUCGGUUCAAGCCCUGGAUGUGGCCAUGCGCCACCUGGCCUCUAUGAGGUACACUCCAGUGGGCCGUUCAUUUUUCUCCCCACCUGAAGGCUACUACCACCCACUGGGUGGGGGGAGGGAAGUCUGGUUUGGCUUCCACCAGUCUGUGCGCCCCGCCAUGUGGAAGAUGAUGCUUAACAUUGAUGUGUCCGCUACGGCCUUCUACAAAGCCCAGCCUGUAAUUGAGUUCAUGUGUGAGGUUUUGGACAUUCGCAAUAUCGAUGAGCAGCCCAAGACUCUCACUGACUCGCAAAGGGUCCGCUUCACCAAGGAGAUUAAAGGCCUGAAAGUGGAGGUGACCCACUGUGGCCAAAUGAAGAGGAAAUACCGUGUAUGCAAUGUCACCCGACGACCCGCCAGCCACCAGACGUUUCCCCUCCAGCUCGAAAGUGGGCAGACAGUAGAAUGUACAGUGGCCCAGUACUUCAAGCAGAAGUACAACCUGCAGCUAAAAUACCCCCACCUACCCUGUCUACAGGUGGGACAGGAGCAGAAGCACACCUACCUGCCCCUGGAGGUGUGUAACAUUGUAGCAGGUCAACGAUGCAUCAAGAAACUGACUGAUAAUCAGACCUCCACUAUGAUCAAAGCCACAGCUCGCUCCGCACCCGACAGACAAGAGGAGAUCAGCAGGCUGAUGAAGAAUGCAAACUUCAACCUGGACCCGUACAUCCAGGAGUUUGGAAUCAAGGUGAAAGAUGACAUGGCUGAGGUGACGGGCAGGGUGCUUCCAGCCCCUAUCCUGCAGUAUGGAGGACGGAACCGUGCCAUAGCUACCCCCAACCAGGGAGUGUGGGACAUGAGGGGGAAGCAGUUUUAUAACGGCAUUGAGAUCAAAGUGUGGGCGAUUGCCUGCUUUGCCCCCCAGAAACAGUGCAGAGAAGAGGUGCUCAAGAACUUCACAGACCAGCUGCGUAAAAUCUCUAAGGAUGCUGGGAUGCCCAUUCAGGGACAGCCAUGCUUCUGUAAAUAUGCCCAGGGAGCAGACAGCGUGGAGCCCAUGUUCAGACACCUGAAGAACACCUACUCUGGACUGCAGCUCAUCAUCGUCAUCCUGCCAGGAAAAACUCCUGUCUAUGCGGAGGUAAAGCGCGUGGGAGAUACCCUCUUGGGCAUGGCCACGCAGUGUGUCCAGGUGAAGAACGUGGUGAAGACCUCACCUCAGACCCUCUCCAACCUCUGCCUCAAGAUCAAUGUGAAGCUGGGAGGCAUCAACAACAUCCUGGUCCCUCACCAACGGUCAGCAGUGUUUCAGCAGCCGGUUAUCUUCCUGGGAGCAGAUGUCACACACCCCCCUGCUGGAGAUGGCAAGAAGCCCUCCAUUACUGCUGUGGUAGGCAGUAUGGAUGCUCAUCCCAGCAGAUACUGUGCCACAGUGCGUGUCCAGAGACCCAGGCAGGAGAUCAUUGAAGAUUUGUCUUACAUGGUGCGGGAACUGCUCAUUCAGUUCUACAAAUCGACCCGGUUCAAGCCCACCAGGAUCAUUUUCUACAGAGACGGAGUUCCUGAGGGACAGUUGCCGCAGAUUCUCCACUACGAGCUCCUGGCCAUCAGAGAUGCAUGUAUCAAGUUGGAGAAAGACUAUCAGCCAGGCAUCACCUAUAUUGUGGUGCAGAAACGCCACCACACACGCCUCUUCUGUGCUGACAAGUCUGAAAGGAUUGGGAAGAGUGGGAAUAUUCCUGCAGGGACAACAGUGGACACCAGCAUCACUCACCCCUUUGAGUUUGACUUCUACCUGUGUAGCCAUGCAGGCAUACAGGGUACCAGCCGGCCGUCUCAUUACUACGUCUUAUGGGACGACAAUCGUUUCACAGCUGAUGAGUUGCAGAUUCUAACUUACCAGUUGUGCCACACUUAUGUGCGCUGUACCCGCUCAGUCUCCAUCCCUGCGCCAGCCUACUAUGCUCGUCUUGUGGCCUUCCGUGCCCGCUACCAUCUGGUGGAUAAAGAACAUGACAGUGGAGAGGGCAGCCAUGUGUCUGGUCAGAGUAAUGGUCGGGACCCCCAGGCGCUGGCUAAAGCAGUUCAGAUUCACCACGACACCCUGAGGACCAUGUACUUCGCCUGAGCUACACCAACCAUCACCACCAUUGAUCCCUCCCACCUCAUUUCUACCUGAGUGGGCACACAGCCCACCACCACCACCACCUCAUCCCCAUUCCUUAUUCCCAAUGACUGCCCACCACACAUACUCCACAGACCUGCCAGUCAUUCACCCAAAUCCAAGAAAACCUAAGGCCCUUCACCUGUAAAACACAGGCAGACUCUACAGCCUCAUGCACUCAAAAGGUUAUGAAUAUUAUUAUUAUUGUCAUUUUAUUGUUUUUACUUUACCAGGACUAUUGCUCUUUAUGUUGAAUUUUUAAAACUUGGGUAUUAUUAUGUAAUUGUAUUGUACGCUACCUUCACAAUCCUGUGUAUGUAAGUAUGCAAUACGGAUGGGAGGGAAAAUAGGUGAAUAAUAAGAAAAGAGAAAAAAAAAAAAAAUCACAAAAAACUUUUUUAACUGCCACCACGAUGCUGCCUCUUUACCCAUCCGAAUGCAGGAUGCCAGUGUUCCAAGCCCCCUUAAUAAAGGGGGAUCCUCUAGAGGGGUGGUACUGGGCAUGCACACUUACAUGUAUCAUUUUAACGUUGUCAUGAACUACAUUCAUGGUUUUUAAUGUUUUUGAAUAAUGUUAUUUUUUAAAACAGCCUUGAGGAGUCUGAGGUAUGGUACAUUAGCACUUAGUGUUAGCAUGUAGGUGCCACCAGUCCUGCACAUAAGAGUUUGUUAGUACUAGGAGGCAAGCCCUCUGGUCUUUACAUUAGCAGACAGAAAGAGCAGGUGUAGCAUAUCGUAGAUACAGGAGAGAAGACCUGCCGCACACUCUGUGCUGGUUGGCCAGUCCCUUAGAGAUUUAGCCUAUAGAGGCAAGCUUAGCAUAACAAUAGAGGGACCAUUUGCAUAGAGUGUAUCAAAUAUACUUGCACCCCAUGCACCUAAACCAGCAUUAUUAACCAGCCAAAAGUGAAGCCAACCAAUGGAAAAGGGGCACUUAAACAGGAAGAUAAUCUUUUAUUUCUGUUUUGCUCUUUUAAGAUUUACGAGGCACUUUUUAUUUUAUUUUAUUUUAUUUACUUAUUGAUUUAUUUUACUUCAAAAUGGUGAGACUUGUCUGUCCUGAGGCUUGACACAGACUACUUUUUUGAAGUUUUCACACCCGCACUCGCAUAGCUUUCAGAACAAAGAGGUAACUAAGGCAAUAGGCAAGGUCAACACUCCUCUGUAGAUUUGAAUGCAGGCAAAUAUAAAGUCUGAUCACUUAAGUGCUGCAAGGCUGAACUCUCAUUCAGCAAUUGACCUUGCUCAGAUCAUUCCAGCAUGUAUCAGUGGAGAUGACGCCACACAGUGCACUCUAAACUUCCACCCACGCACUUCUUUACAUACCUGUACACACCUAUCCCCAUUCUUACACACAGCUCUUCCCUCUGCAGGCAUUUACAACUCAUAGCCUGGAUAGCAGAAGCACACACAGCCCUCUACGUCUCUUUCUUAGCAUGUAGAGACCAACCUCUUCAAAUGCACUUGUUCCCCUUAUUUCCCUCCAAGCCAAACUUUCACUCAUCACCCUUUCCAUCAUCACCUUCUAUCCUGGCUGUCUAUUCUCAUUUUUAACAUGAAACACCUGCAGCGUCCGCUGCCCCAAUCCCCUAGCUUGUGUUAGCCAAUCCCCAUUGGUGCUCUGUGUGCAUGGGCGGCACAGAUAGGGGAUUGCUACAUUGGACAGGGUGGGCCACUAUUACUACUACUUAAUAUGUCCUGCCUUUUUACAUUUAGUCACUUUCUGGAUUUAUGAAAAAAAAAAAUAAUGCAUGUUAUUAUUUUUUAUGACUGGAUAUUCUGAGCCACCUUAUUUUGGUUUCCUUAGCGGUAGGAGCCUCGCGCUCGCCACUGCCUGUCAGUCGUUUGGCCUCGAUUGUGUAAUGGUUAUAAAGACUGCUUUUUCCUUUGUCAUUAUUAUUAUUAUGAAUAUUGUGACUAGUGUCAGAGUGUAUCCUCCAGAGGGCACUGUGGAGACUGUCUCAAAAUUCCACCUCAGUUGCCCUUUAAGCGCCUCAAAUCUUGUCUGAUGGUCAGAGCCCCUUUGAGCUGAAAGGGAUCAAAAGAUAAGAGAUCAGAUGAGUUUGAUUUUUAAAUCAUGUUUAUUAACUUGCAUAAUCAAUAUGCCUUUGUACACCGUUUUACUGAUCCUUCAUUGUGUCCAAGGUGAUUUGUAUAUAUAAAUAUAUAAUAUUAACCUGUUAUGUAUUUUGGCUCACCAGUUGCCGGGCCUUUCACAGUUGGGGUCAGUGUUCUUUCCCUUAUUCUGUGCUUUAAAAAGGAAAAACUACAAAAAAAAUAAAAAAAAAUCAGUUUGGGGGCAUUUCCCAGCACCACUGAAACCAGAUGCAGUUCUUCACUCACUGAAGCCACAAAAGCACCUUGCAAAUGGGGGGAGACGAAAUGGCAGUCACCCUGGAAAAUGCAUCAUGUGGACCCCGGAGAGUCCACUCCUCUCCACACAGCCUCACUGUCUGACUAAGCAAUAUUGAAGCCACUGAUCAAGAACAGUCCUUGUCAUAGCACUUCCCAAUAGAUUUGAAUGAAAGGACAUGGAAGCAUAUUAUUUUGGCUCUGUAUGUGAUAGUAUGGGAACUCUGUUGGGGCGGGUUAUUUUUUAAAGAAAAUAAAAUUGUUUUUUAUUA